AACCCUACUCAUCUAAUUUUUUCUCUCUACAAUUUUCAUUCCCAAAUUCGAGUUCGAAGCAGAGCAAACAUGAGAAAUCAAUGGCGUCUUCUCCUUCGUCAUCAAACUCACCAUCACUCUCUCUCUCCUGCAAACAUCUACAGAUCACUUUCUCUCCUCCAGGUAACCUCCACAACCAACUCCUCUCUUUCACUCUCUUCAACUCUCCCCAAUUUCACCUCCCAUUUUCAGCACCCUUCUCUGCGUUAUUUUUCAUCAAUUCACGAAAAAUCCCCUGAAUCUUUGACCUUACUUAGUAUCUUUACUAAAACCAUUAAUGGUGAUGAGAUUAAGAACGAAUUAGCUGCUAAUAAUGUUGUCAUUUCUCGUGAUCUUGUUGUGGAUGUGCUAAGAGAUCUUAAUUCGGAUCCUAAAACUGCGAUUAAGUUGUUUGAUUGGGUUUUGAAGAGAGAAAGUGGUAGUUUGAGCUCUAAAGCUUAUAAUUUCAUGCUGGGGAUUCUGGGUAGUAAUGCGCUUUUUAAGGAAUUCUGGGAAAUGGUUGAUUCUAUGAGAAAAUUAGGUUAUGGGGUUAGAAAGGGUGCUUUUGAUAAGGUGUUGGAGAGGUUCGAAAAAGAUGGUUCGCAAUCUGAUGUUGAGAAGUUGAAAGGAUUGUAUUCAAAAGAUCUAAAUGGGGCGUCGUUGGCUGAGACGGCAUCAGCCAGGGUUUGUAAGAUUAUUAGGAGGGAAGCUUGGUGUGAGAAUGUUGAGAAGGGGUUGAGUGAAUUAAAUGUUGGUUAUUCUAGUGAAUUGAUUGAAAUGGUGUUGGAGAAGCUUAAUGAUGAGCCAAUGAAGGGUUUGAUCUUUUUCAGGUGGGUGGAGGAGAGUGGUUUGUUUAAACAUGAUCAGCGGACUUAUAACGCCAUGGAGGUCAUUUUGGGUAGAGAGGAGUAUCUAGAUAGGUUUUGGAAGGUCAUUGAGGAUAUGAAAAAUGCAGGGUAUGAGAUAGAGAUGGGAACUUAUGUUAAGGUCUUGGAGAAGUUUAUUAAGAAGAGAAUGAUGGAGGAUUCUGUAAGCCUAUUCGAGCUUGCAAUGAAUGCAGCGGACAAGCCUUCUCAGCGAGACUGCACUUUUCUUUUGAAGAAAAUUGCGGUUGCCAAGGUACUUGACAUGGAAUUGUUUUCCAGGGUUGUUAAGGCAUAUACAGAAAAGGGUUUUGCUUUGGAUGAUUCGAUGCUGGAUGCUGUGCUGAAAUCCUUGACUAGUGUUGGGAAGAUAAGAAUGUAUAACAAGGUCUUAGAUGCUAUGGUUAAAGGUGGGUUUAAACCCAGUGGUGCUAUGCAAAAUAGGGUUGCAUUUGAUCUAAGUAGUUCUAGGAAGAAAGAUGAAGCAAAUGAAUUUAUGGUGAAACUAGUGGAUCAUGGCAUCACACCUGAUAGCAAGACAUGGGUAUCUUUGAUUGAAGGGCAUUGUGUUGGUGGUGAUCUUGACAAGGCAAAAGAUUGUUUUGAAAAGAUGAUUGAAAGACAGGAAGUUUCUUCUGCAGGAUAUGCGCUCGACUUGUUGGUAAAUGCCUACUGCAACAGAGACAGAGCUACUGAAGCUUGCAAGAUUAUAUCUGAUGUUGUGAAUAAAGUGGAUGUGAAGGCAGGGCAUACUACAUACAAGACUCUAAUUAGCAAACUCUUGGUUCAGAAGGGUUUCCAAGAAGCCUGUAGUCUGCUUGGUUUGAUGAAGAAUAAUGGGUUCCCUCCUUUCUUGGAUCCAUUCGUAGCUUACCUUGUGAAGAGAGGAACUCCAGAUGAAGCCAUGGCGUUUUUUAAGGCUAUGACUGUGAACAAGUUUCCAUCUACCAGUGUCUUUCUUCGAGUAUUUGACGCAUAUUUUGAGGCUGGAAAACAUAAACAAGCUCAGAAUCUGCUUGCCGUAUGCCCACAGUAUAUCAGAAACCACCCUGAUGUUCUGAAUCUCUUUUGCUCCAAGAAGCCUGAUAAAACAACUAAACCUACUAAACCAGCUGUUGUUGCUGCAUAAGCUUGUUAAGAUGUACUUUGGUGAUGUAUUGUGAAAAUUUUAACUAGCAAAUUUCUCCAAAUUUUGCAGUGUAGCCCAUGUUCACUCACUCCAUGUUGAUUUUUGGAGUUGAGAUAGUGGUUCGUUCAUUUACAAAUAAUUUUUUCCCCAA